AGCUCAGGCGGCUCAACGGGUUUAGCGCCUCGUUGCGGACCGCACGGCGCGCCCCUCCCUUGUCGCGGUGUCCUGUGCCGCACGAGAGGGGCUCAACUUACCCGCGUAUGGCACGCACGCGGCGGGGCAUCCGCUCUGAGCUCCAAGGGUGUGCCAGGGGUGAGCACGUCGAAGUUUGAUGUCACCGUGUUGCAGUCUUCCAACAUCGAGAUAGCUGACUUCCUUGAGUCCCUUCAGGGUAACGGUGUGUCCGUUGCGAAGGCAGCGGCGUCGAGCCUUGCAUGGUGGUGCAAAACAUUCGACUUUCCAGUUCAGUUUUCUGUGUCGUCAAGCAUUGUAGCGGCUGAAAUUAAGUGUCCUGGAAAGGAUCAGGCCCCGGCGCCCGAGCAGGCCAGGCCUUUCGAAUUAUGCCACAUGAGGCAAGUGGAGUCUGUCUGCGUGAAGGCCUCCAACCCGGUGCACUCUGGGAUGGCGGGGUGGGUCGCGCUGUUGGCACACGCGGGCUUGCGCGGAGAGGGCGCUCAACGCUUGGUGCCGGGCUCCUGUGGCCGCAACCAGGACACGAUCUUUGGCGUCUGUCGCGACCCAAAACCGCACGGCGUCCAGAACAUGCAGUGGGCUGCUCUGAGGUGCGGCGUCUCUGGAUGAGACUGGGGCGAGCACCUGUGGAAAAACCUCCUUUUCGAAGUGCAUUCGCGGGCUCUUGAUUACAGUCUCCCUGGCAUCAGCCGAGACGGCGCGAAAUUCGAGUGGCAUCGUUGGGCCAGCAAACGCGACCAAGUCGCUGCAGUCUGGCUGGUGCUCACACACGCAGAGGGGGAUUCCCCGGUCAGCGUGGAUGUCGCGCGGGAGUUCACCCCGCAUUCCCCUCGCUUCUUCUACAACACGGUCGGCUCGGCCUUCGGCUUCACCGACCACGAGAGGUGCAUGUUCGGCAAUUGGGCCCCAGGGAGCUCGAUGCCUCGCAGGUACGACGCUUCCGUGUGCGGUGAGCAGCUCUUGCGCCGGGGGGAGCUCCUCGGUCUGUUGCGCGCUGGCUGGGAACCCCCGGCCGCGGGCUGCCCGGGCACGCCGCGCUCCCCAGGGGGUGCCGGUGCGAUCCCGCGCACGCCGGCUGGUGGCCCGAUUGUGGUCAGCGAGGCUGCCCCGAGCGCGCCGGCCCCAGGGCACGGCCGCUCACUAGGGCAAGUGCGCCUGGCGCUGCAAGAAGCAGUGCGGGGCGGCACUCUGCUCGGACACGUGUCCGCGCUUGGCGAUGCCACGCUGCACGUUGCCAGGUCUCUGGACAACCUGCGCGCAAAGUGCGGGUUCGUUCUCCCGGUCGGCGCCCAGCGCGUCGUCUGUCUGUCGGAUGCGCCCCACUUCGGCUACUCCGUGUGCGGCCGCGCGUGCUUCGGGAUCCGAUGCGCAGUCGCAUCACUCUUGGCUUCACAGUGAGGCCGCCUGCCGAGGAACGCUUCCUCCGAACUGUGUUGCCUGCUCAGG